AUGAAGUUCUUACCUCUGUACGUAUUGCCACCGGGGUUGCUGUUGGUCGACAUCGCUGCUGGGCCGGUCGGUAUUGACGGGGCGUAUGUCGUCUGGGUGACUGGUGUUUGCUGUGUUGCCGCUGCGUCAUCCCACGUCAAUUUCCUGCCUUCCCAGCUCACCCCGUCGACUGGGUCUAUCAUCGCCUUCACUGCCCCAAAGGCGUACGGGUUAUCAGUAACAGAUCCUUCUGUCUAUGCCAUUGCGCUACUGUCGUGCGCCAUUCGCUGGGGAUCGGAGAGUUGUUGUAAGUGUAUGGACAGGGGAAUAUAG